AUGUCUCGCCAGCCCCACCCGCUCGUGACCCUCGCGCAGCUCGUCAAUACCCCGUCGGCCCAAGAUGGGAUCCCGAAAGAGGUGGAGGACGAUCUGAGGGUCGUAGGGUGUAUGAUGAUCCAGGAGGCGGGGAUCAUGCUGGAUCUGCCGCAAAGCACAAUGGCUAUCGCCCAAGUCAUAUUCCACCGGUUUUUCUUUGUGAGCUCGAUGUGCUCGUUCGGGAUCCAGGAUAUCUCCAUAUCCUCCCUAUACCUCUCCACUAAGCUAAACGAGACCCCUAUCCGGCUUCGCGACCUAAUCAAUACCUACAUGUUCCUGGCCGCACGAACGGAACAUCUCCUCUCCUUCCCGGCUGAUAAGGCUUUGCCGAUUGACUCGCCUGGACCGAGCUCCAUGCGAUAUAGUAUGGGGAUGGACGGGAAGGGAAAGGGAAAAGAAAGGGCGAGGGAGAAGGUGUUUGAGGGGAUGGUUUGGGAGGUUCCGGGCUUUCACGAUGAGGUAUUCUGGGACUGGAAGGACUCGAUCGUUGGGAAUGAAAUGCAGAUCCUCAAAAGGCUAGGCUUCAACAUGCAGGUCGACCUGCCAUAUAACCACGCUAUCAACUAUCUCAAGAUCCUGGAUCUGGUAUUCGAGCCAAACGUAGCUCAGACGACCUGGUCUAUACUGAACGACCUUCUCCUCUCGCCCGUGUACGCCAUUCACCCUGCCUAUGUUCUCGCGUGCGCCUCUAUCCUCCUGACGACCCGCCUCCUCCGUAUACCGUUACCGAGCGAGUGGUACCUCCUCUUCGACGUAGAGUUGGACGAUAUCCUCGGCGUCGCUGGCUGGGCUAUGCGGCUAUGGCAUGAUUGGGGAAUCGGACCUGUAGUGGGCGGGAAGGAUGGGGAGGGACAGGCGGGGCGGAGGGAGAAGGAGAAUAGAUGGCGGAGGGGAUGGGUGUUGGGACAAGGCAAGAGGGCGGUCAGGAGAUGGGUGGGGGAGCGGGAGAGAGCGGCGAGGGAGGACGUUGGGCAGGCUGCGGCGUUGUAG